AUGAAGGUGGGGAAUCGGGAUUAUGAUCCCUGUGUGAAGGUAAGUCUUGAGUUGGAGAGUCUUCUCCAGCACCACUUUCAGCAGAGACAGCACUCGAAGAGAAUCUUGAAAGACCGCCUGCGUAAAGCUGAAUUAGAAAUUGCCUACCUUCAACAGAGUGUUUCCGCGUAUUCAGAGGAGUUAAGGGUAGAACGCCUAAAAUUUGAUACCCUUCAACGCACUAUGGAAGAUUCUAAGAGAAAUCAUGCCGCUGAGCUCAUGGAGCAAGACAAAAUAAUUAGAGACAGGAUGUGUAACGUUGAUACACAGGCCAGACUUCUUGUGGUUAAAACGGAAGAGUGUGAACGUCGAGCACAAUGCCUGCAAAAACAAGAGGAGGAGCUGUUGAAUCGUGAAAAGGAGCUAAGAUUUUAUCAGGCAUCUUUUGAAGCAGGAAUCAUGCCGGCGCAAAGGCAAAUUGAGGCGGAAAGAGUUCGUAUGUUGCGCGCGCGAGAAAAAGCUGAAGAACUUCUGGAAGAAGCGAGAAUAUCUGCGUUGGCCACGGAAGAAAGAAGAAAAAAACUUGAGGCGCUGCAUAAUUUGGAAAUGCAGUUUUUUGCCCUUGAAAAAGAGGAAGCAACUCAGCGGAUUCAAAUCAUGCGGCAAGAAAUUUUUGGACUAGUAGGCCUGAUUUCUUUUCGAAGGACACAUGUAUCUGCUGCUGAAGGCGAUGCCGCAAAAAGAAUCCGUUUACUUGAAGAAGAACUUGCUUCCAAAAAGGAGGUGUUCGAACUGAGAGAAAAGGAGGUAUAUUUACGGUACCAACGUGAAGAGCAGCGUAUGAGAGACGAGAGGAAAAGGAUUAUUUCCAUUAAGGAGGCAAUGCGACAGGAUUAUAGACUUGUUCUAGAAGGCAUUCGUCUGUUUGGAAAUGAGUACUCUACAGAACCUGACCAGUUACAGGUGGAUGCAUUGAAAGACCUUGAAAAACUUCUUUUUUCUGCAUUAGAUGAUCAUCAACUAGAAAUAACGAAGAAACUGUAA